CUUUUUAAAAAAAAAUAUAUAUAUAAAUGUUGACUCUUAUACUUGGACCAUAUCCGUGCGUGUUUUGACUGAACAACAACAUAAAAAAAAAAAGUAGUGAUGAGAUUUUAACUCGUGGUUUGCUCCUUUUUUUUUUUUUUUCUCCUCAUGACACCGUGAGCCUUUUACAAUUCAAGUUUUUCUCUGGUGAGAGUUGUCAUUUUUUUAAAUAUAUAUAAAAAAAGAAAGUUUGAUCGCCGUCCGCAGACACUCCUCCUGUUGCUCCGGUUGAAAACACACCGGCUUGGCAGCGUGUUCGCACGCCGCUUCCUCUCUGUGACUCACGGUCGACUCUCCGGUUCAACAACAAAAAAAAAAGAGAAAAGAAGAGGGAUCAACUUGGUUUUCAAAAAUUUGAAGUGGGAGUUUAUCCCACAAAAGACAGUGUCUUCACUUUUGUACACAGUCUAAUUAAAUAAGUUCAAAUUCAAACAUGCCACAGUUAUCAGGCGGUGGUGGUGGUGGUGGUGGAGACCCGGAGCUGUGCGCCACGGAUGAAAUGAUCCCGUUCAAAGACGAAGGAGACCCGCACAAGGAGCAGAUCUUCGCCGAGCUCAGCCACUCUGAGGAGGAGGGAGACCUGGCAGACAUCAAGUCAUCUCUGGUAAACGAGUCAGAGAGCAGCCCGAACAGCAACAGCCACGAUGCAGCUAGACAGUCCCAAAUACCGCAAGAUUCAUAUCACGAAAAACACAGAGACCUUCAGGAAGAUGCAAAACUCCAAGACAUGUACAGUAAAGGCCAUCCAUACUCGGGCUACCCAGGCUACAUCAUGAUGAGCAACAUGAACGACUCCUCGUACAUGAACAACGGUUCCCUCUCGCCGCCCAUGCCCAGAACGUCCAACAAAGUACCUGUGGUGCAGCCGUCCCAUGCAGUCCACCCACUCACCCCGCUGAUCACGUACAGCGACGAGCACUUCGCCCCGGGAUCCCAUUCCGGUCAUCACCCCCAGGAUGCCAACAACAAACAAGGAAUGUCAAGGCAUCACCCUGGACCAGACAUGCCCAACUUCUACUCCCUCUCUCCCGGAGGAGUCGGGCAGAUCACGCCACCGCUGGGAUGGUUCUCACACCACAUGGUGCCCGGCCCCCCAGGUCCUCACGCCACAGGAAUUCCCCACCCGGCCAUCGUCAACCCACAGGUCAAACACGAGCCUCUGCAUGAAACAGACAUCAUGCACAUUCUUUACAGGAAACCCCAGCACGAACAGAGAAAGGAGCAGGAGCCCAAAAGACCGCACAUCAAGAAACCGCUAAACGCCUUCAUGCUCUACAUGAAAGAGAUGCGCGCGAACGUGGUCGCCGAGUGCACGCUGAAAGAGAGCGCUGCCAUCAAUCAGAUCCUGGGACGGAGGUGGCAUGCUUUAUCUCGGGAAGAGCAAGCUAAGUAUUAUGAGUUAGCCCGCAAGGAACGGCAGCUCCACAUGCAGCUCUACCCAGGCUGGUCCGCUCGAGACAAUUAUGGAAAGAAGAAGAAGCGGAAGAGGGAGAAGAUGCAGGAAACGGCCCCCGGUACAGGCCAGAGAAUGAAAACGGCGUACAUCUGAGAAAAUGGAGGAAAACGUAGCAAUUUCUCCACAUGCAAAGCGAAGGCAGCAGCUACGGGCCCUCUGCUAGAGAUGGAGGCCUGUUAGAUUCCAUGAAGACCCUUAAAAUCUCCAAACUGAAAGCCUCCAGUUCUCAGAGGACCCCCCUCCUCCCUCACCCCAAUCCUCCCAACCUUACCAUUCCCUCCCAAACCCCACCUAACCUCUUACUCCCUUCCCUUCAACACAGUCACCACCACCACCACCACCAAAAACACUUCACUGUUUGACUCUACUCCUUUCCUGAAGGGCGACUGCUGUAGAGACACUGAACUGAACAAGACAAUCAUGAUUCCUAGGAGCACCCUCACGUUCUUCUCGCUGAGAAAGCAUCAAUUUGACGUCUGUGUUUUUGUCAGCUUCCUUUUUAACCAAUCAGCUUUACCGCAAUCCAAGGCACUGCACUGAGAAAAAACAAAACAAAAAAAAAAA